UGCACGCUCGUGUUGACUGGCUGCACUUCUUCCUCAAAACAACCACCAGCUCGACAGCUGCGCCACUGGACCUCCAACCACAGGCUUUACUGAGCGAACUGUAACGCACUGCCGCGACUAUCACUGUUUGCCUUGGUUAUUUCAUAGUUGUUGUUUUUUUUUACAUUUAUAUAUAUAUUUGUUUACAGUCAAUACAGGCGAUUUCAGAUACUGCGAUUCCUCAUGCGGAUGUAGUGGCCGCCCUACUUUAUUGAAUUUGUGCGUAAAGACGCCACCACUGAUUUGUUCCUUUUUUUUUGAGAAAAAACGAUUUAAUUUUUAAUUUUAUUUAAAUCGCGGUGGACUUUUCUCGCAGCACCAUGUCAGAAGAGGACAGUAGCUCCACCACCAGCUAUAUGUCUGACACAGAAGGCAGCAACGUUAGCGUCCUCAACUGGGAGCAAGUGCAGCGGCUGGACGCCAUCCUGACGGAGACCAUCCCGAUUCACGGCCGCGGAAACUUCCCCACUCUGGAGAUGCAGCCGCGGCAGAUCGUCAAAGUGGUGCGCAGUCGGAUGGAGGAGAAACAGAUCCACGUCCGGGACGUUCGGUUAAACGGCUCUGCAGCCAGCCACAUCCUGCACGGGGACAGCGGACUGGGCUAUAAGGACCUUGACCUCAUAUUUUGCGCAGAUAUGAAAGGUGAAAGUGAUUUCCAGACUGUGAAGGACAUAGUUUUGGACUGUCUCCUGGAUUUUUUACCGGACUGUGUGAAUAAAGAGAAAAUAACCCCGUUAACGUUAAAGGAGGCCUAUGUGCAGAAGAUGGUGAAGGUGUGUAAUGACUCAGACCGCUGGAGCCUCAUCUCCCUCUCCAACAACCGGGGGAAGAAUGUGGAGCUGAAGUUUGUGGACUCUCUCCGGCGGCAGUUUGAGUUCAGUGUGGACUCCUUUCAGAUCAAACUGGACUCCCUGCUGCUGUUCUACGAGUGCUCAGAGAACCCCAUGGCCGAGACCUUCCACCCUACCAUCAUGGGAGAGAGCGUAUAUGGGGACUUCGGCGAGGCCCUGGACCACCUACGUCACAAGAUCAUCUGCACCCGCAACCCGGAGGAGAUCCGAGGCGGGGGCCUGCUGAAGUACUGUCACCUGCUGGUGAGGGGUUUCCGUGCUGCCUCUGAGUCAGAGAUGAAGUCCCUGCAGCGCUACAUGUGCUCACGGUUCUUCAUUGACUUCCCUGACAUCGGUGAGCAGCAGCGCAAGCUGGAGUCAUACCUUCAAAACCACUUUGUGGGCCUGGAGGACCGCAAGUACGACUACCUGAUGACCCUCCACGGGGUGGUCAACGAGAGUACGGUGUGUCUGAUGGGACACGAGAGGCGGCAGACCUUAGGGCUGAUAGCCAUGCUGGCAGUGCGAGUGCUUGCCGAGCAGAACGUCAUUCCCAACGUGGCUAAUGUUACAUGUUACUACCAACCUGCUCCUUAUGUGGCAGAUGGCAACUUCAGUAACUACUACAUAGCACAGGUACAGCCGGUGUUUGCUUGCCAGCAGCCUGCGUACUCCACCUGGCUUCCCUGUAACUGAGACAGCCCUGAGGAGAGGAGGAGGGAGAGAGUGUGAUUUGUUUAAACAGGAUCAAGCAGCAUAUUCGCUGCCUCAAACCUGCCCAGUGUUUGACAGCUGA